GUAAGGUAUGCUUUGCAUAAAUAAAUAGCGAUUAUUACUUUUAGAUUUGCUAGGAGUCUGUUUUUGAAAGAAGUGAAAAUGGCAACAGAUUUUAGCAUUAUUGAAAAUGACCUCAAGAACUUUUGUACAAAAUUAAAAAGAGAUCUUCACAUGAGAGAAGUUCGAAAGUUGGCGAGGAAGCAUCAUGGAGUGUCAAAGAAGGCUAUUCAAAACAAGCAGAUCAUCCAACUGAAAAGGCAAUUUAUGGAGCUGGAGCCAACAGUAUCAAGAUUAUACAGCACUCAGCACCAUUUGCGAGAUAAUCAGAUCAAAGGAUAUCUUAUUUAUUUGCUGCAAAUGGAAGAAUACUUUGAUCGCGAAGUGAAAACAAAAAUGGGAAUCAUACAAAAGAGAAAUCAACAAGUACGCAUUUUAAAUUACUAA